CGACCAACAGAAAAUAACCAGAUGGUUUUCUUGUUUCCAACAACAGGAACUGUCAUAGGAUUCCUGACGAUAUGUCUGGGCAUCUCUUGGGUGUACUUGGCAGUCAGAAAAAGAAGGAUAAUAAAACUGAGGGAGAAGUUCUUCGAGAGAAAUGGCGGCUUCAUGCUACAGAAAGAACUCUUAGGGAUGGACAAGUCGACAAAUCAAACCCAGAUCUUCUCAGCAGAAGAACUCAAGAAAGCUACCGAAAAUUUCCACGAGAGUAGAAUCCUUGGUCAAGGUGGCCAAGGGACGGUAUACAAAGGAAUAUUAUCCAAUAACCGAAUUGUGGCGAUUAAGAAGGCCAAGAUAAUGGACACUGGCCAAGUAGAAGAGUUUAUCAACGAACUAGUUGUUCUCUCUCAGAUUAACCACAGAAACGUGGUGAAACUCCUAGGUUGUUGCCUGGAGACAGAAGUUCCACUAUUGGUUUACGAGUUUGUGAUCAAUGGUACCCUUUUCGACCACAUUCAUGUCCAACACAAUUCACUAGUCCUCCCAUGGGAAACCCGACUCAAGGUAGCCACAGAAAGUGCCAAUGCCUUCUCAUAUCUCCACUCUGCAGCUUCUAUCCCGAUCAUUCAUCGAGACAUCAAGUCUGCUAAUAUCUUACUGGAUGACAACUAUGCAGCCAAAAUUGCAGACUUUGGAACAUCAAGAUUAAUUCCAAUGGAUCAAAAGCAAAUAACAACGCUUGUGCGGGGAACCCUUGGGUACUUGGAUCCUGAGUACUUCCGCACAAGCCAUUUGACUGAAAAAAGUGAUGUCUACAGCUUCGGUGUAGUUCUCCUCGAGUUACUUACCGGAAAAACGGCACUUUCUUUCCGCAGGCCAGAAUCUGAGAGGCACCUGGUCACAAACUUUGAAUCUGCAAUACAAGAAAAUCGAUUACUCGAAAUUCUAGACCAGCAAAUUCUAACUUCUGAAAACAUUGAGCAACUCAAAGAAGUGGCUGAUUUGGCUAUGCGUUGCGUGAAAAUCAGAGGAGAGGAGAGACCGACAAUGAAAGACGUUGCGGCAGAACUCGAGGAUUUAAGGUCUUUGGGAACCAAUAAUGCCCCGAAAUCACAUCACCACAAACAUAUAGUGGGAAGCACAAACAAUGAUCAGCCAUGGACGGUGUGAGGGGUCCGAGUAAACUCGACAAUUAAGAGACCGGAAGAUGCUCUCCAUGUUUUCUUUUUCUUCCUUUUACAAGAAACUAUGUAGCUAUGCAAUUUCCCUCUAUCUACGUGACGUUUGCCUACAAUAUAAUCUUGGUGGGACUCUUCCUCCGGCCCCAUUCGGCUAUACUAUCUUCCCUCAAAUACAAUGUUUGUAACCCUUUCCAAGAUGCACCUCCAUUUUGCAUCAAAAGUGAUGAUAAUGAUCCUUAAAACCAGGCUUUCUUCUUGUAUUAUCUCUAAUCCAACAAUUUCCAGGAACAUUUGGAACUGAAAACUCGAGAAAUUCUCCCAUUUCCAUGCCCAUAAACAAAUGGAACAAAGACUCAUAAUGUGAAGAAAUGAAACCGCAAUUAGAAGGCUUCGAAAGCCACCAUCUCUCAGGAAUUUCUACAAACACCUUCAGAGCAUCCUAAACAAUCACUCGUUCUUUAGAAUUUGCCACCAAUUCCAACCAUAAAAUCAACAAGAUUUAACCUUAUUCCGCACCCCCUGAAAUGGCGGACAAGACAUAGCAGCGGACGGAAGAAAACGGCUACAAAGAGAGUAAGACGCUAUCAUCGCGAAUGGAACAAAACAAACAUAGAAGACUCCACGCUGACAGGCUUCGACGGGUAACGGGUCACCCGCAUCUCGCGUAAACGGGUCGGAUCCAAACCGUGUGAAGGUAGAAGAUGAUGAGCUGGGAUUGCUGCUAUGCUUCAGUAUCAAAUAUUCUCCAAGGAACUGCUGUUGGUAACUUAUGGAAUCUGAAAAUGUGCGAGAGAGGUACUAAAUGGCGUAUUGCAGGGGAAAUCCGGUCAUGUUCAGAUAGAAUCCCAUGGAUUCUCACGUUUGGGUUUAUG